AUGUCUGUUGGUCCACAAAGAGCACCUGCAAAUAUUCGUGUCACAGCUCGGUUUGAUUACCAACCUGACAUUUGCAAGGAUUACAAAGAAACUGGUUUCUGUGGUUAUGGCGAUUCAUGUAUUUUCUUGCACGACCGCGGUGACUACAAGAGCGGCUGGCAGAUCGAAAAGGAGUGGGAAGAGGCUCAAAAGGGAAACAAACGGUUUGGUGGAUCAGAGCCAGGUGAAUUUGAGAUAAAGGACGGUGACUCUGAUGAUGAUGAGCUUCCGUUUGCUUGUCUUAUCUGCCGAGAAGAGUUUGUGAAUCCUGUGGUGACAAAGUGUGGGCAUUACUUUUGCGAAGAGUGCGCUCUCAAGAACUACAAAAAGUCACUCAAGUGUUUUGCAUGUGGAUUACCUACACAGGGCGUAUUUACAACAGCAAAGAAUCUGCUGGCCAAAUUGGCAGAGAAGAAGAAGCGGGUGGAAGGAGAAGAUGUUGAGGACGAUCAAAAAGAUGGAGAGACUGCAAUUGAAGGACUGACCGAAUUAUCGGAUAGUGAUGAAGACAGUAGCGACUAG